GCGGGGAGGAGGGAAGGUGGAGAGCCACCGCGGGCCGAGACUUUAAAUCGCCUUCAUUUCCCCCAAAUCCUUCCUUUUCCUCUCCUCCCCCAGGCCGGCGGGGAGGCAGCUUCCACCGCCCUCCGCGCGCCCUCACCCGGCCUUGCUCUGCCUCCGGGGACCGCCAGCCGCCCGCCUCCAAAAGUUUGAUCAUCUCUCUCUCUCUUUUUCUUGCUUCUUCUUCCUUUUUGGUGGAAGCAGAAAAGGACCGAGGCAGGGGCGAGCGCGGCGCCCGGACUCCUGGGACCAUGGGCCUGGCGCGGGCGCCCGCGGGGCCCCAGCCGCGCUGCCUGCCUGCUCGGGCGCCCCUGGGCGCGGGGCUGCGCUGGGGGCGCGGGGGCCGCGCGCUCUGAGCCGGCCUGGCGCGGCGGGGCGGGGGGCUGGCGGCCCCAUGGGGCGCGCCCACACUUGCCCCCCGGGCUCGGGAGCAUGAAGUAGGGGCCUGCCAUGGGAGCGGGAUCGGCGCGGGGGGCCCGAGGCACAGCGGCGGCGGCGGCGGCGCGCGGGGGGGGGUUUCUCUUCUCCUGGAUCUUAGUCUCGUUUGCCUGUCACCUGGCCUCCACCCAAGGAGCUCCUGAAGAUGUGGACAUCCUCCAGCGGCUGGGCCUCAGCUGGACGAAGGCCGGGAGCCCUGCACCCCCGGGAGUCAUUCCUUUCCAGUCGGGCUUCAUCUUUACGCAGCGGGCCCGGCUCCAGGCUCCCACGGGCACCGUCAUUCCUGCCGCCCUGGGCACAGAGCUGGCGCUGGUGCUGAGCCUCUGCUCCCACCGGGUGAACCAUGCCUUCCUCUUCGCUGUCCGCAGCCGGAAACGCAAGCUGCAGCUGGGCCUGCAGUUCCUCCCCGGCAAGACGGUCGUCCACCUCGGGUCCCGGCGCUCAGUGGCCUUCGACCUCGACAUGCACGACGGGCGCUGGCACCACCUGGCCCUCGAGCUCCGAGGCCGCACAGUCACUCUGGUGACUGCCUGCGGGCAGCGCCGGGUGCCUGUCCUGCUGCCUUUCCACAGGGACCCUGCACUCGACCCUGGGGGCUCCUUCCUCUUUGGGAAGAUGAACCCGCAUGCAGUCCAGUUUGAAGGUGCUCUCUGCCAGUUCAGUAUCUACCCUGUGACGCAGGUCGCUCACAAUUACUGUACCCACCUGAGGAAGCAGUGUGGACAGGCUGACACGUACCAGUCCCCACUGGGACCUCUCUUCUCCCAAGACUCUGGCAGACCUUUUACCUUCCAGUCCGACCUCGCCCUGCUAGGCCUGGAGAACUUGACCACUGCCACACCAGCCCUGGGGUCACUGCCAGCAGGCAGGGGACCCAGGGGGACUGUGGCACCCGCCACGCCCACCAAGCCCCAAAGGACUAGCCCCACAAACCCUCACCAGCAUAUCGCGGUGGGAGGCCCAGCCCAAACCCCACUGCUACCUGCCAAGCUGUCAGCCAGUAACGCACUUGAUCCCGUGCUCCCAGCCUCUGUUGGCGGCUCUACCAGAACGCCUCGCCCUGCGGCCGCUCAACCAUCACAGAAGAUCACAGCCACCAAAAUCCCCAAAAGCCUCCCUACCAAGCCUUCGGCCCCUUCUACUUCAAUUGUCCCCAUCAAAAGCCCCCAUCCUACCCAGAAAACAGCUCCAUCUUCAUUUACAAAGUCAGCCCCACCCACUCAGAAGCAAGUGCCACCUACUUCCCGUCCAGUUCCUGCCAAAGUCUCCCGUCCCGCAGAGAAGCCCAUCCAGAGGAACCCGGGAAUGCCCAGGCCCCCACCGCCCAGCACCCGGCCCCUACCUCCUACCACCAGCUCCUCUAAAAAACCCAUUCCCACAGUAGCUCGGACUGAGGCCAAGAUAACCAGCCAUGCCAGUAAGCCGGCCUCUGCCCGCACCAGCACCCACAAACCUCCCCCAUUUACUGCUUUAUCCUCAUCUCCUGCCCCUACUCCUGGAUCUACCAGGAGUACUCGGCCACCAGCCACGAUGGUACCUCCAACUUCGGGCACCAGCACUCCCAGAACAGCACCUGCCGUCCCCACUCCUGGCUCAGCUCCCACUGGAAGCAAGAAGCCCACUGGAUCGGAAGCCUCAAAGAAAGCCGGACCCAAGAGCAGCCCCCGGAAGCCUGUCCCCCUCAGACCUGGGAAGGCAGCCAGGGAUGUCCCCUUGAGCGAUCUGACAACCAGGCCUAGCCCCAGGCAGCCCCAGCCCAGUCAGCAGACCACCCCGGCCCUGGUAUUGGCCCCGGCGCGAUUCCUGUCCUCCAGCCCCCGGCCCACGAGCAGUGGCUAUUCGUUCUUCCACCUGGCAGGAUCUACGCCUUUCCCUCUGCUGAUGGGGCCUCCGGGACCCAAGGGAGACUGUGGUUUGCCGGGUCCCCCUGGGCUACCUGGGCUACCUGGAAUCCCUGGUGCACGUGGGCCUCGGGGUCCUCCUGGGCCUUAUGGAAAUCCAGGUCUCCCCGGCCCUCCUGGAGCCAAAGGACAGAAAGGGGACCCAGGGCUCUCACCAGGAAAGGCCCACGAUGGGGCAAAGGGCGACAUGGGCUUGCCUGGGCUCUCCGGGAAUCCAGGACCUCCGGGACGAAAGGGACACAAGGGCUAUCCUGGACCGGCAGGGCACCCCGGAGAACAGGGGCAGCCAGGACCUGAGGGCAGCCCAGGGGCCAAAGGUUACCCUGGCAGGCAGGGGUUACCUGGACCGGUAGGAGAUCCCGGCCCCAAAGGCAGCAGGGGCUACAUUGGGCUCCCAGGGCUCUUCGGCCUGCCAGGGUCUGAUGGAGAACGAGGCCUGCCUGGCGUUCCUGGCAAGAGGGGCAAGAUGGGUAUGCCGGGGUUUCCUGGAGUCUUUGGGGAAAGAGGCCCUCCUGGACUGGAUGGAAACCCUGGAGAACUGGGCCUGCCAGGCCCCCCUGGAGUCCCCGGCCUCAUUGGUGACUUAGGAGUGUUGGGUCCGAUUGGCUACCCAGGACCCAAGGGCAUGAAGGGACUGAUGGGCAGCGUGGGGGAGCCCGGACUGAAAGGUGAUAAGGGUGAACAAGGGGUUCCAGGUGUGUCAGGAGAUCCCGGAUUCCAAGGAGACAAGGGGAGCCAGGGGUUGCCAGGGUUCCCCGGUGCACGGGGGAAGCCAGGGCCUCUGGGCAAAGUCGGAGACAAAGGAUCCAUUGGGUUUCCCGGGCCCCCUGGACCCGAGGGAUUCCCAGGAGACAUCGGCCCCCCUGGCGACAAUGGCCCAGAAGGCAUGAAGGGUAAGCCUGGAGCCCGAGGCCUGCCGGGACCCCGUGGGCAGCUGGGGCCCGAGGGAGAUGAGGGACCCAUGGGGCCGCCAGGGGCCCCUGGCUUGGAGGGUCAGCCUGGCAGGAAGGGGUUUCCUGGGAGGCCCGGCCUGGAUGGCGUGAAGGGGGAACCAGGGGAUCCUGGUCGGCCGGGGCCUGUGGGAGAGCAGGGAUUUAUGGGAUUCAUUGGUCUGGUCGGGGAGCCAGGAAUCGUGGGAGAAAAGGGUGAUCGUGGCAUGAUGGGACCCCCAGGCGUGCCUGGACCCAAGGGGUCGAUGGGUCAUCCUGGAAUGCCAGGUGGUAUGGGGACCCCUGGAGAGCCUGGACCCCAGGGUCCUCCAGGAUCUCGAGGCCCACCAGGCAUGAGGGGAGCAAAGGGACGUCGGGGCCCCCGAGGACCGGACGGACCAGCUGGGGAGCAAGGGUCCAGGGGCCUGAAGGGCCCUCCAGGACCCCAGGGCAGACCAGGCCGGCCUGGACAGCAGGGUGUGGCUGGUGAGCGAGGCCACUUGGGCUCGAGAGGCUUUCCUGGCAUCCCGGGUCCCUCAGGUCCCCCAGGCACCAAGGGCCUCCCAGGAGAACCGGGCCCUCAGGGACCCCAGGGGCCAGUUGGGCCUCCAGGAGAGAUGGGACCCAAGGGGCCGCCGGGUGCAGUGGGAGAACCGGGCCUUCCUGGGGAAGCCGGGAUGAAGGGUGACCUUGGACCCCUGGGCACUCCUGGGGAGCAGGGCCUCAUUGGGCAACGGGGAGAGCCAGGCCUCGAGGGUGACAGUGGCCCCAUGGGACCUGAUGGGCUGAAGGGGGACAGGGGAGACCCAGGGCCUGAUGGAGAACAUGGCGAGAAAGGCCAGGAAGGGCUGAUGGGUGAGGACGGGCCCCCCGGCCCCCCUGGCGUCACUGGUGUCCGGGGUCCUGAAGGAAAAUCAGGGAAGCAAGGCGAGAAGGGCCGCACUGGAGCCAAGGGCGCCAAGGGCUACCAAGGACAGCUGGGUGAGAUGGGCGUCCCUGGAGACCCUGGACCCCCUGGCACUCCAGGCCCUAAAGGGUCCCGGGGCAGCCUGGGACCAACGGGUGUUCCGGGACGCAUGGGGGCCCAAGGAGAACCGGGACUGGCUGGUUAUGAUGGACACAAAGGCAUUGUGGGACCCCUUGGACCUCCUGGACCAAAAGGCGAAAAGGGGGAGCAGGGCGAGGACGGCAAGGCUGAGGGGCCCCCUGGGCCACCUGGAGAUCGGGGCCCUGUGGGUGAUCGAGGAGACCGCGGGGAACCAGGGGACCCUGGGUACCCUGGACAGGAGGGUGUGCAAGGCCUCCGUGGAAAGCCAGGCCAGCAGGGCCAACCCGGGCAUCCGGGACCCCGGGGGCGGCCGGGACCCAAAGGAUCGAAAGGCUCAGAGGGACCAAAGGGAAAGCAAGGCAAGGCGGGGGCCCCAGGCCGGAGGGGGGUCCAGGGCCUGCAGGGGCUGCCAGGGCCCCGGGGCGUGGUGGGGAGACAGGGCCUCGAGGGCAUCGCUGGACCAGAUGGGCUUCCUGGCAGGGACGGGCAAGCAGGACAGCAGGGGGAGCAGGGAGACGAUGGGGACCCUGGCCCCAUGGGCCCUGCUGGGAAGAGAGGAAAUCCAGGUGUGGCCGGCUUACCUGGAGCACAGGGACCCCCAGGAUUCAAGGGUGAGAGUGGGUUACCCGGACAGCUGGGUCCCCCUGGCAAGCGAGGAACAGAGGGCAGAACGGGGCUCCCUGGAAACCAGGGGGAGCCUGGGUCCAAAGGCCAGCCGGGCGACUCUGGCGAGAUGGGCUUCCCAGGAAUGGCAGGUCUCUUCGGACCCAAGGGCCCGCCUGGAGACAUUGGCUUCAAAGGCAUCCAGGGCCCUCGGGGGCCACCUGGCUUGAUGGGAAAGGAAGGCAUCGUCGGGCCCCUGGGAAUCCUGGGACCUUCGGGACUCCCGGGUCCGAAGGGUGACAAAGGCAGCCGUGGGGACUGGGGAUUGCAAGGUCCGAGGGGUCCUCCCGGCCCCAGAGGGCGGCCCGGCCCCCCGGGUCCUCCAGGGGGUCCUAUCCAAUUGCAACAAGAUGAUCUUGGGGCAGCUUUCCAGACGUGGAUGGACACCAGUGGAGCACUCAGGCCAGAGAGUUACAGCUAUCCGGACCGGCUGGUGCUGGACCAGGGAGGAGAGAUCUUUAAAACCUUACACUACCUCAGCAACCUCAUCCAGAGCAUUAAGACGCCCCUGGGCACCAAAGAGAACCCCGCCCGGGUCUGCAGGGACCUCAUGGACUGUGAGCAGAAGAUGGUGGAUGGUACCUACUGGGUGGAUCCAAACCUUGGCUGCUCCUCUGACACCAUCGAGGUCUCCUGCAACUUCACUCAUGGUGGACAGACGUGUCUCAAGCCCAUCACGGCCUCCAAGGUCGAGUUUGCCAUCAGCCGGGUCCAGAUGAAUUUCCUGCACCUGCUAAGUUCCGAGGUGACCCAGCACAUCACCAUCCACUGCCUUAACAUGACCGUGUGGCAGGAGGGCACUGGGCAGACCCCAGCCAAGCAGGCCGUACGCUUCCGGGCCUGGAAUGGACAGAUUUUUGAAGCUGGGGGUCAGUUCCGGCCCGAGGUGUCCAUGGAUGGCUGCAAGGUCCAAGAUGGCCGCUGGCAUCAGACACUCUUCACCUUCCGGACCCAAGACCCCCAACAGCUGCCCAUCAUCAGUGUGGACAAUCUCCCUCCUGCCUCAUCAGGGAAGCAGUACCGCCUGGAAGUUGGACCUGCGUGCUUCCUCUGACCUCUGACCUCUUGGCCACUCUAGGCCUCAUGGAGGAGGGAAGAGGAAGAGGCAAGGGGAGGGUACUGAGGGGCAGAUGGCUCCAGGAGAGGCAGCUCCCCUGCCCAAGGGUCCUUGGGCAGACCCCAGCUGUUGUCUGCCCAGUAGAAGUGGGUGGGGGUAGGAGGGGAUAGGGUGUCCUUGGGAACAAUGGAUCCCAGCUUAGCCCCAAAGACCAACCAAAGAGCCAGCCAGAGUAAGCUGGACCUGCAACCUGCCUGAGCCCCAUGGCCUCUCAGCUCUGCGGCCACCCCGUUCCCUCCCCAGCUUCCUGCCCAAAGAGCCCCACAUUCAAGCCAACUUGAGGGAAGGGGGCGUCUCGUCAGCUGGUCCCUGCUAGGGAGCUAUUGAUGUGCAAUAUUAGAAAGGAGACAUGAAAAAAGGAGAAAAGGAAAGACAGAAGUAUAUAUAUAUAUUAUUUAAACAAACAAAAAGAAGGUGCGUUACUAUUUUUUUUUCACCCGGGAAAGAGGUGAGAGGAUGGGAAGGAGCAGCCAGGCGUGGGAAGCGGCGAGAUCCUCGGGCUGGGGGUGCCCACGUUUGCUACCUCCCACUGUGAAAUCGCUGGUGCUCGCAAUUGUCUCUCAUAGUGUAUGUGAUUUUUUUAAGGAAAAAAAAAAAAACAACCCUAUUUAAGAUUCUGAAGGUGCUACCAUUAUUUUGCCACAGACUUUGAAGAAACUUUUGGAUGUGGGGCAUCAUCCGCAUCUUUCUCUCUCCUCCAAAUGACAAAGUUUGGGGAAUUUUUGAAUUUUCCUAGCAUCGCCCUUGUGCUCAUCAGGUAAUCUGCUAAGGAGGAAAAAAGAAAAGAAAAAAGGAAAAAAAAAAAAAGCAAAACAAAAACAAAAACAAAAACAAAACCCUACCGGAAACCAGAAGUAGAGAGAUUUACCGUAUAACUUAUGGACUUUGAAAUGUCUGUCCUUUUAAGGCAGCAGGGAGGCCUGGGUGCGAAGCAUGUUGGCUUGGCCCUUCACGGUCCUGGAGGGAGGUGAGGCUGGCCUUGGAAGGCGUGCCCUGGAGAGGUCUUGGGUGAAAACUUGACCUUGAAGAAACCAAUCACAAAAGCGGCGUUGGGUCAGGGCUAGCCUUAGAGGUGAAGCAUCAACAUGGAACCAUCUCAGGAAGCCGCAUCGCCUCUUCCGAGGUCCUCAGUUCCAGGAGCCUGUCCUUGCAAGAUGCAAUCAUCGUUCCUGCUUUUUCAUUGUCAUUAAAUUCUGUAGAAACCCAUUGUCAUUAGCUCCAAGUGUAAAUUUGGGUCAAGGAGACAGAAUAAUAAUGGGAAUCUCGGAGUUCGACACCAUAGUGACAUUCAGCGUCCUCUGAAUUGUGCUACAUCAGCGAACAAGUUGGCGCUUGAAUUGGAUUUUGAGGUUAUUUUAACCAUGGAAUUAUUUUUAUAGAAGGGGAAAAUGUAUGUGAAAGUCUCUAUUGUGUAUUUCUCUCCUAAAGUUGUGUCUCUUUGGGAAUUGGAUUUGAUUUUUAUUAUUUAAUACCUCACUUUGGCCCGUCCCCCCUCCCGACACUUCUGUAUCCUCGCCCUGCCGCCCCAGCCUGGACGCUCUGCGUGGAAGUGCAUGUUUGUAGCAGCUGGGGCCUCAUCUCAGCGCUCGGAUCCCUCCUGCCGCCAGAAUCCGCUGGCCUCUGUCUCAUUCUUGGGUUUUCCUGCUGUCUUCGUUUACGUCUCUGUCCACAUGUCAAUGUAUUAAAACCCCAAUGGGUUCCGUUUCUCCUUUUCCCCUCUGGAUUUUAAAUAAAUAUUUAAAACUGAGGCAAUGGAA